AUGGAGGGACUGAGCAUGGAACAGAUAACAGAGAUCACAACUUGCAUCUACAAACCACUGGUAGGAAGAGAGUUCAGCGGGGUUGUGGGCAGCUCCCAUAAUGUGGAAACAGUUGGGCCCAGAUUCAGAAUCAUGAUUGUCGAAGAGAAUAUGAAAACUGUCAUGGAGACCAUCAGAACUAUAAUGGAGGAGCUCUUUGGGGAGAGCAUUUGGAAGGGAAUCACAUCCCACGGCUUACUGUGGGUGCCCAGAGCCCCUCUGGGGUACCAGAAACUGAGGGUGGUUGGUAUAGGAGUGGAUCCACUAGUGAAUGAUGGUAUGGACUUUGACUGUGCAGCAAUGUCCGAGAGAGAAGGAGCACACUAUGAACACAGGGAGUGCACCGUUCUCCCUUCCCUUCCUGCACACGGACAGCUAGCAGAUACCUCACAGGGUGCAAUACUACCGCAUUCCACGAAAUACGCUGCGUUGGUGAACGUACUGGUGGAGCAGACAACAUGA